AUGACUUCAAACACGGGCUCUUUAUUUGGAGGAGCCGGGUUCGGGUCUACAGCAAACAAACCCGGAAGCAUGUUCGGCUCAACCACCAACGCGACCAGUGCCUUUGGAAACACCUCAACUGCGCCGGCGCCGAGUGCACCAACUUCUUCCUUGUUCGGUCAAAGCCAGGCCCAGCCCCAGCAACCAGCGCAACCCUCUCUACUCGGUCAGCCUCAGCCGCAGGCCAGCAGCGGACAAGCCCCAGUACAACCUUCGACUCAAGGAACCCAGCCUGCCUUCUUCAACAGUCUCCUGGAACGUGGGAAGAAGCGACCACUCUCUGCGACUGUGCAGAGCGGCAACUUUGAAGACGUUCCCAGUCUGCAAUUGGGCCUCGAUGACAUCCGGAGAAAGGCGAGGGAACUAGGUACACCUGGAACGAAGGAUACCCUUCAGAAUGGCACAGCUACCAAGGCUCAUUAUCUCCUCGCCUCCUCCGGCGUUUCCCCUGGGCGGGCGUUGCGCGACCUCAGGUCUCUCGACCCUCAAGCUUCUAUGGCCCCGGUGCGAGAAAUCGACAGCUUCGACCCUGAUAACCAGCGGUUUUUAAGAAACAUCCAGCAGCGUGGGCGGCAGGUGAUGAUCAACGAGAGUCUUUCUCGCGCGCAAAGAGACUUUGACACGUUCUUGGAAGAGAAGGUGGACAUGGACUGGGAAGAACAGCGCCAGAAGAUUUUCCAGCACUUUGGACUGUCACAGAAAGAUGCAUCUGGUGCUGGUGAUCUGAAGUCGACCAUGCGUGGUGCCUUUGGCCGAUCCGCCAGACAAUCCAAGCAAGCCGGCGGCCCUGCGGCUGCAUCCCGCCGAAGUGUCUUUGGCCGUUCUGGUCUGGACAAGUCUGUCAUCGGAACGCCUGGCACCGGCCUUGCUAGUCGCCAGCUUUUCGAAGACCCCGCGGAACGAAGCGAAGGACCUGCCACUUCCUCGCCUGAUCUCCGCUUCUUGCGGGAGAAGAUGGGUCACUACGCUGAGAAGGUUCAAGAUUUGAAUCUUGCUCGGCUCCAGGGCAAGACAUAUCCCAUUCUGCACCACUUUUCGGAAGUCGAAAUGCAUGCCGGCGGCGAUGUCCCUCAGCAGCUUUUGGCUGCGUACCGGGCUUUGACGACUAUUGUCAAAGAGAACCCCAGCAUCACUGACAAGACUGACCCCGGCGCGGUGAGAGAACGACAGUUUGCGGUUGACUACCUAGAGGAGUCAGUCAAGUCCCGCAACUCGGCCAACCUGAAGAACAAGAUCCUUGAAGGCUCAAGAAAUUUCCUCGAGAAGUCAUUCUACAGCGAAGUGGAAAACGCCAUCGCCAAAAAUCCACGUGAAGCUCAAUUGGGUGGUAUUCCGAGCACUAUCAACAAGAUUCGAGCAUACAUUCGCCUCCGCGCCGCGAGGAAAGACUUGGCCCCCGAUGGAACCGAACUCCAAAUGGUUGGCGAUGAUUAUUGCUGGAUUCUAAUCUUCUACCUGCUUCGUUGUGGCUUUGUUGAGGAGGCAGCUGCCUAUGCAACCACUGAUCAUGGCUUCCGGUCUCUGGAUCACAAGUUCGUGACAUAUCUGACGACUUACGUGCAAGAUCGGCGACUUCAGCGAGAUAUGCAGCAAAGAAUCAAUGGCGAGUACCAGCAACGACUGCGGAAUGCGCCAGAGGGCUCAAUCGACCCCUAUCGAAUGGCUUGCUAUAAGAUUAUUGGCCGCUGUGACCUGUCCCGCCGUCGUCUGGAGGGUAUCAACCAGAGUGUCGAAGACUGGAUGUGGCUGCAGUUCACUCUCGCUCGUGAAGAUGACCGUGCCGAGGAGGUAGCAGGCGACGUCUUUGGUCUGGAGGAUAUCCAGACGGAUAUCGCUGAGAUUGGACAGAGAGUCUUCACAAAGGGCCAGGGCCAGGAUGCCCCCGGCGGCUAUGGAACGUUCUUCCUCCUCCAGAUCCUGGGAGGCAUGUUCGAGCAGGCCGUGGCUUAUCUCGGCACUUACGCUCCAGUGACUGCCGUUCACUUUGCCAUCGCGUUGGCUUACUAUGGCUUGCUGCGCGUGUCCGACUUUUACACUUCAGGGGAAGAGAUCCUGUCCUUCACCGUGAAGCAAUACCCCCAGAUCAAUUUCGGAUACCUCAUCACCCAGUACACUCGGGAAUUCCGAACUGGAUACGUUGAAGCUGCCAUUGAUUACUUCACCCUGAUCUGCCUCAAUGCAGACCUUGGGGGUGCUCUCGGCAAGUCUCAGUCGUCAGUGUGCCACGAAGCUCUUCGUGAGUUCAUCCUUGAGACCAGAGACUUUGCCAAGUUGCUAGGUGAUAUUCGCGAUGAUGGCACCCGAAUCAAGGGUAUCAUUGAGCAACGCCUGGGUUUGAUCAAUCUAGCCGACCAGGAGGAUUUCCUGAAGAACAUCACGAUCCAAGCUGCCGGCGUAGCAGACGACAAGGGCCUGAUCACCGAUGCGGUCCUUUUGUAUCACUUGGCAGAGAACUACGAUCGUGUCAUUGAUAUCAUCAACCGUGCCCUGUCGGACGCGAUCUCGAUUGAGUUGGGAGGAACCAUGCCCAAGUUGCAGCCCCUCCGCCCACGACUUCAGGAGGGCCAGCCCGGUCCCAUCGACCCGGGCAGCAGCCUCAGCUUGACAUCUGUUGACGACCCGGUCGAGCUUGGCAAGACCAUGAUCAGCCUUUACGAUGGGAAGCCGAUGUACUAUGAACAGAUCCGUCCUAUUAACCGCGAUUCCUGUGGCCUUCUUCUCCGCAUGUUGACAGCCAAGCAUGAAGUUGAGGCCGGCCGAUGGGCACCCGCACUCGAUUGCAUCAACGCAUUGGGCAUUCUACCUCUGCAGGCCCAGGGCGUCAUGCAAAAGGUCCGCAGCGCUGCUCAGGCUUUCUCGUCCUUGCCGGAGAUCAUUUCGCGCAACAUUGGACAUGUCAUCAUGUGGAGCAUUGCGUGUAUCGGAAAUGAGCGACGCCGUCAGACUAGCGGUCCGUACGAGACGGAGAUGCACCAAGGAUUUGCGGACCAGCUGUUGGUCAUGGCCAAGGAUCUGAUGAUCUUCUCUGGUAUGGUCAAGUAUAAGCUGCCCCCCAAGGUUUACGAGGCUCUUGCUCGUGCUGGAGCAGACAUUGGCGCGUACUAG